GUAAACUCCCAUGAAGUACCACUUACAGAACCACCCCACAUUGCAAUAUACGAAAACACAUCUCUUCUUGAACACAACUGCAGUGCCAAUUGUUCGAAAAGCUUCACCAACAAAGGAGGCGUUCUGAUAAAAGCUGGUCGUCACAUUAAGAAAGGAGACAAUCUCAGUAUAUGCUAUACUGAUCCUCUUUGGGGUACGCCCAGCAGAAGACACCAUCUCCGAGAGUCCAAAUUCUUCUGGUGUUCGUGCUCUAGAUGUGUAGAUACCACUGAGUUUGGAACUUAUUUCAGUGCACUGCGAUGCCAAGACAGUGGUUGCGAAGGUUUCCUUCUUCCAAAAACAUUUAUAGACAACAGCACCAACGAUAAAGGCCUAGACUGGAAUUGCAAUAUGUGCAGCAUCGUACUUUCAUCCUAUUCUGCCCAGGAUUUACUCGAAAGGAUCGGGAAAGAUUUGGCGGAGAUGCCCAAGGGUGAUGAAAGGGAGUGCAGAAGCUUCAUUCGAAGUUAUGAGGAAUUACUGCACCCCAAUCACUAUUAUCUAACGGAUGUGAAGUUAGCGCUUGCUCAGAUGAUAGGACAACAAGACGAGGGCUUACCAGCGGUACCAGACGAAGAUUUGCAGCAGAAGGUGACGAUAACCCGGAGUUUAUUGAAAUUGCUGGAUACCUUGGCACCGGGCGAAAGAAGAAUAAAGGGUCUUCUUCUUUACGAAUUGCAUGCUGCCAUUUCAGAAUUGGGGAGAAGAAAUGCUGAUUCAGAUGGAUUAUAUACUGCACUUCUGGAAUCUAAAGAAAUUUUGACCGAAUCAGCUGAACUGUUGAAAGAUGAACCUGAUGAGUUGCAGGAAGGAAAAAUAUAUAAACUGACCAUAAAAAAUUUGAAAGAAAUAGAUGUUAUUUUGAGAGCUAUGCAUCUAACCAUUGGAGAUAGUCCCUCAUGAAAUCUAUAAAUUUUCCAGUAAAACCUUUUGAAAAUGACUUUGAAUCAUCAUAACUAUAUAUCAACUUUGUUUUUUAUAUCAAUGAAGUGUAUAUUUCUGUGAACUUUUAUGUAUCAUUGGAAAUAAAAAUUGUUCACCAAAAUG